UCUCCUUCCUGGGGCGCUGCCACGUUAUGCAAAUCCCCGCUCCGGGCUCUGGGUUGAAGUAGCGGCUCCGGGGCGCUCAGACCCGCCGUGUCCCCCAGGCGCUGAGCUGCCCCUUGCGAGCGCUUUGUUGUCCCCGCCUAGCGCACAAUGAACUCUCUGCUCCUGCCCCUGCUCCUCCUGGCUCUGGCCCCGGGUGUCCUGUCCCAGCUCCGGCUCCAGGAGUCCGGCCCCGGGGUGGUGAAGCCCGGAGAGACCCUCACACUCACCUGCACCGUCACCGGGGGCACCGUCACCAGCAGCUACUAUUGGAACUGGGUACGCCAGGCUCCGGGCCAAGGGCUGGAGUGGAUGGGAUACUGGACCGGGAGCACACGAUACAACCCGUCUCUCCAAGGCCGAAUCACCAUCACCGUGGAUUCUUCCAACACCAAGUAUUAUCUGCGGCUGGGCUCGCUGACAGCUGCAGACACCGGCACCUAUUACUGCGCCAGACACAGUGACCCGGAGCAAAGCAGGGACCCGCACAAAAAGGGGAAGCGGAUUCAAAGCAGAGCAGAGAGGCCGGUUCAGCAGGGAGCGCUGAGUGCAGACCCGUCCCCUGCACACGCACGGACCCUGGCAGGUUUCAGUCCCUCCGGCAGGGAGCAGCAGGAACACACCCACCCACCAACACACGGAAGAUAUGUGAAUGUGAAACCCCUGCUUAGAAAUCCCUAUUCCCCGGGCCUUUCAGGCACCCGAAAAGACGACAUUUCCCCCAGCUUCUCCGGAAGAGACGCGCACACAGUGAGCUCACUAUGGAAAACAUACAGACCGUUGAAUGUACCCAGUUCCUCCGGACACGCCUCGCCUUUGAGCUGCCACAGAAAUCAUGGCAAACUCACGGACAAAACACAGGUGUUCCCUCCCUUUCCAACGGCUGUCGGAGCGGGCAGGGAAAGAUUCACGGAAUUAAGAGCUACAAAAUAAUCGCACCGUGUGUCUGUUCCCCGUCUCUGUGUCACGGUGCGUGUUAGGUGUGCACAGACAAUGUCACGGUCUUUGCCUUCGGAAGAGAGUGAGGGACACACACACCCCACCUGCUCUGUAUGAAAGACUCCUCAGAGGAAGGUGCCUCUUUCCUCCCCAGCGUGGGCUGCAGCCGCUGCCCUGAGUCCCGCCAGCACCCGUGUCAUGAAUAUAAAGGGAAGGGUAAACACCUUUAAAAUCCCUCCUGGCCAGAGGAAAAAUCCUCUCACCUGUAAAGGGUUAAGAAGCUAAAGGUAACCUCGCUGGCACCUGACCAAAAUGACCA